AUGCAGGAGGACGCCGGCGACUCGGUGGGUGCCCGCCGGGCAGUGGAGAAGCUGUCCGAGGCGGUGGGGCUGCGGGCCAAGGCUCUGGGCAGCGCCCUCCAGGAGGCUCACCGCCAGCGGCGCCUCCUGCUGGCCAUCGUCUGCGUGGCGCUGCUGCUGGACAACAUGCUCUACAUGGUCAUCGUGCCCAUCAUCCCCGACUACCUGGCCGCCAUGGGCGGCGGAGGCGGCGGCGGGGGUGGGGAGGCGCCGUCGGCCGGCCAGAGCCUCGAUCCCUCCCGGCUGCUCCCGCCGCCCUUGCCGGCCGACAACCAGGACAUCAAGAUCGGGGUGCUCUUCGCCUCCAAGGCCAUCCUGCAACUGCUGGUCAACCCGCUGACCGGCACCUUCAUCGACCGCGUGGGCUACGUCCUGCCGCUGCUCAUCGGGCUGCUGGUCAUGUUCCUGUCCACGCUCAUCUUCGCCUUCGCCGAGAACUACGGCACCCUCUUCGUGGCGCGCAGCCUGCAGGGCUUGGGCUCGGCCUUCGCCGACACCUCGGGGGUGGCCCUCAUCGCCGACAAAUACACCGAGGAGUCGGAGCGCAACCGCGCCCUGGGCGUGGCGCUGGCCUUCAUCUCCUUCGGCAGCCUGGUGGCGCCCCCCUUCGGUGGCAUCUUGUACCGCUUCGCCCGGAAGCAGGCGCCCUUCCUGGUGCUGGCCUCCAUCUCCCUCCUGGACGCCCUGCUGCUGCUGGUGGCCAUCAAGCCUUUCGCCAACAGGACCCGGGAGAACAUGCCGGUGGGCACCCCCAUCCAUCGGCUGAUGAUCGACCCCUACAUCGCGGUGGUGGCCGGGGCCCUCACCACUUGCAACAUCCCCUUGGCCUUCCUGGAGCCCACCAUCGCCAACUGGAUGAGCAGCACCAUGAACGCCAACGAGUGGGAGAUGGGUCUGGCUUGGCUGCCGGCCUUCUUCCCCCACGUCCUGGGGGUCUUCAUCACUGUCAAGCUGGCGGACAAAUAUCCCCACCUGCAGUGGUUUUAUGGGGCCCUGGGCAUGGUCAUCAUCGGGGCCAGCUCCUGCGUGGUGCCUGCUUGCCGGAACUUUGGACAACUGAUGGUUCCCUUAUGUGGCAUCUGCUUUGGCAUUGCCCUGGUGGACACGGCCCUUCUGCCCACCCUUGCCUUCUUGGUAGAUGUGCGCCAUGUGUCCGUCUACGGCAGCGUCUAUGCCAUUGCCGACAUCUCCUAUUCAGUGGCCUAUGCCCUGGGGCCCAUCGUGGCUGGAGAGAUUGUCCAUUCUUUUGGCUUCACCCAACUCAGCUUGGGCAUGGGCCUUGCCAAUGUCCUCUAUUCCCCGGUCCUGCUGGCCCUCAAAAACAUUUGCCAGAUGAAGCCCUCCCACUCGGAGAGGAACAUCCUUCUAGACGAGGAGCCCAAAGGACUCUAUGAUACCAUCAAGAUGGAAGAACGCAAAGCCAAGGGUAGAAACCUCCACCCGGUGGGGGAUUUUGAAGAGAAUAGUGUAGAUCCUUAUCAAAGAGACUUUAAAGGGGCUUUUGAGGAUGAUUCCUCAGACUACGACUAUACUUAG